AUGGUGUUCGGCCUGAAGCUUGGUCUCCCGAAAGCUACGAAGACGUCGGCUGAGUCUCCGGACAAAAGUUCGAAGGCUGAGAGCAGCGGACGCAGUGGUUCCAAAGGUGAAAGGAGUGGAGGAGGAGGCAAAGGAGCGCUUACCGUCAAUGAGUUUGUAGCUCGCACGAAGCGAUAUAGAGAAAGAGGGCUUGAGCCUACCAAGCCUGAGCUCAUUGCAUAUGCGCGGUACUUGGGCAUAGAUCCCAUCACAGAUGGGGACCUCAUGUGGAUCGCAGAUGAGGCCCUUGCUGCGCCGCUUCCUUCUGAGUGGACAGAACACCACGACAGUGCUGACCGGGUCUUCUACUACAACGUGCAGACCCAUGCCAGCUCAUGGACGCAUCCGCUUGAGCAGAUGCACCGGGACACGUACAAGUCCAUUGUGCAUUAUCGCAGCGGCGAGGUCUCCAAAGAGGAUCAGGUGACUGAACUUGAGAGGCUCAAGCGAAAGUGCGACGAUGCAGAACGGGAGUCUAUCAGAGAACUCCAGGCAUGGUCAGAGCAUACUGACGAGGGAGGUCAGAAGUUCUACUAUAAUCGCGAGAAACAGGUCAGUGUGUGGACAGAUCCACGACCUGCGCGUUGCCAUGCGCUGUAUCUGCAGAUGAGGGCGCUCCGCGACAUGAGCAAGCACUGUGGACAGGCUGUUCCUGGGCUUGGCCCGAUGGAUGAUCCACGCAGAGAUAAGCUUCGCAUUCAGCAGAUGCUCGUGAUGGGCAAUGUAGAUCCGCUUGGCAGAAGUACGCGUGAUAAAGCAAAAGAAGAGGACAGCUCCUCUCGAAUGGCUGGAGCAGAUGCUUCGGCUACAGGUAAGGAUGAGGAGAAGAAAAAGAAGAAGAAACAUAAGGAGGGAAAGCAUAAAAAGGAAGGCAACGAGGAGCUCUUGGACCUCACCGAAGAUGGAGACGGGGACGUAGGAGCUCCUGACAUCUUCAACAAGAAGUCUGGCCUAGACGUCAAGAAGCCAUCUCUGUCUGCGGUGGAGGAGGUGAGACAAGCCCUUGGUGUGCCUGGCAGCAGCAAUGCUGGCAGCAGCAACCAGCCAAGUCCACAUGCUUUGCCCAGUGCUGGUGGUGGCGGACUGCCCAGCAUCAACCAGGGUAGUUUUGGCGCACGUCUGCCAACCCCACCAGGUGACGGUUUGAGCUCUGUCGGCCGAGCAAAGGUCAGGGCAGGUAUUCGUUUAGAGCGGCGGGCCGAGUUCUUUCUGCACUGCACCUGGAGGAGAGUCGUGAAUGUAUGA